UCUUGAGAUACUCCCAUUCCUGGCUCCUGCGCGUCUCUGUCACUGAGAUUACAGCAAAUGUGGGAGAGGAGGAGGAAGGGAGAGGGACAGAGUGUGUGUGUGAAAGGAGAGAGAGAGAGGACAGCUUGUGCAUGUGUGUGAGACAGAGAGAGACAGGCAGAGUGUGAGAGGGUGUCUGUGAGAGUGAGACGGGCAGAGUGGGAGAGAGAGACAGUGUGUGUGAGAAAGGAGCAGAGUGUGAUAGAGAGGGGCUGUGUGUAUGUGUGUGAGAUAGGGAGAGAGAGUGUGUGUGUGCGAGUGUGUGUGAGGGGGGUGGGCAGAGUGUCAGAGAGACAGUGUGUGUGUGUGGGAGAGGUAGAGUGUAUGUGUGAGACGGGCGGGCAGAUUGCGAGUGAGAAGGUGUGUUUGAGAGAGAGGGGCAGAUUGUGAGACAGUGUGUGUGAGAGCGAGGAGCAGAGUGAGAGAGAGAGUGUGUGUGCGAGAGAGAGGAGAAGAGAGAGAGAGAGAGUUUGUGUGUGUGUGAGAGAGGAGAAGAGAGAGAGAGAGAGAGACAGUGUAUGUGUGUGUAUGAUAUCAGUGUGAGCAGGGGCUGCUGUUGAGCAGAGCCUGAGCCUGUGCAGAGGGAGGGAGAGCUGUGCAUUGAUCUGAGAGGCACUCUGCAAACACUGAGAGUUUCUCAGAGACACGCUGUGCCUGCUGGUGACCAGGCAGCUCCAUGGAGUCUAAGACGUUCCUGGACUCGGAGCCAGUGUCUCUGAGUCAGGCUGUGGGCUACUUUGAGGGGAGUUUGCAGACAGCCAUUCGGGAGGUUCAUGUGGAUAUCAGUGCCCUGAAGAGAGAUGUGGAAGUACGCAUUGAGGACAUGGUCAAGCUGCUGAAUCCACUCUCCCAGACAUUGACAGAGCUGCAGCAGGAAAACCAGGAGCUCAGGUCUCAAGUCCGCUACCUGACCCAACAGGUGGAACACCUGACAGCAGCAAGCACUGAUCCCAGGGCAACAGAGGGACUGAAAGGUCCCCACUUACCACCGACAGCAGCAGAGGCGAGCGAUCAUUCAGCAACUUAUACAACAUCAACAAGGAUUCAUUCGAAUGAAGAAUCUCGAGAACAGAAUGGGACAGACCCUGAUACAUUAACUAAAGACAACAUGGAAAUGAACAAGGUGCAACCUACCAGAGUGAAGGAGCCGAGAGCAGGCACCGGCCACACUGCCCCUUCACAGGAACACCAGCCAGCUGCUGUGGGUCUCGCUCACCAGCCCAUCACCGCCGUCACCAAAUCAGGAGAGAAAUUUGCCGCGGAAGUGUCAACAAUGACCACCUCCCGAUCCGACACCGUCAGCAACCAAUCAGCUGCCAGCAGACACCAGUCAGACACCGUCAGGCAGACAGUGCGUCAGUCAGAGUGGAAUGUCAGCACCCGUAAGACCAUCACUUCCAGUGGUUUCUCAGGGGUCAGUGACACCCACUCUCCAUCCAGUGUCCUUGAUCUUUACCCGGACUCAGGCACGAAGCCCCGCUCUCCCCCUCCCACCCUCCCUCGGCAGGGCGAGAAACGGCCCCUACUGAUGAGAUCACAGACACUACCCAGAACAAGUGGACCCCAGGCCAGGAAGGCUCUCUUCGAGAAGUUCGAACAGGGAGGCACCAAGGGCAAAGUCGGAGUUUCUAAGGUGAAGCUUCAAAGGUCACAAAGUUUUGGUGUUGCGAAUGCAAGUAGCAUCAAACAGAUCCUCCUGGAAUGGUGUCGCUCCAAGACCAUCGGAUACAAGCUGAUUGACAUCCAGAACUUCUCAUCAAGCUGGAGCAGUGGCCUGGCUUUCUGUGCUCUCGUCCACUCGUUCUUCCCAGACGCCUUUGACUACAACGAGCUCAGCCCCAAUAACCGCAAGCAGAACUUUGAACUGGCGUUCGGUGCAGCAGAGAAGUUGGCUCACUGCGACAGGCUGAUCGAAGUGGAGGACAUGAUGCUCAUGGGGAACAAACCAGACCCAAUGUGUGUGUUCACCUACGUCCAGUCCCUCUAUAACCACCUACGGCCCUUCGAGUAAACCUCACCUCAACAGGGGAGGAGAUGUACCCUGUGCCCAGUGCUUCAUCCACACCCGUCCUGGCAUCGUCCCCAGGGUGGGGUGGGGGUGGUGGGAAGGUCAGCCACAAUGUCUCCCAGUAAUCACGGAGCAGAGAGACCAUCAGCCAACGCAAACCACACAAUUAUCAGUGCUCGCAGCGGAUUUAUAAUGGGCACUGACGCAGAUGUAGCAGCUCACUUCAGAUUGAAAUAAAAGAUCUCACUUGC